AAAACUAAAAAGUAAAUAAACAAAAUAAAAAUUCACCCAAAGCGAACAGCAACGGCUAGAACCCAAAUUUAAUCCAAACCCUUCUUUACAUCACCACCCUUCCUCAACUUCAAAUUUGCUAUUCAGAUUCCUAUUCGAACUCCAAUUCCUUGAGCCUGACGGAAACAACAACCGACCUUGGGUUUAAGGCAAUACAAAGUCUUCUUUAUAACAUCACAACAUAAUAUAUAAUCCUCGUUGGGUUUUGGUUUGCUUUCCUCAGAAAGUUGCUAAAAAAAAAAACGUAGUACUUCAAUUUGGAGAACAAAGGGUAAUUACUAGUAUUUGGUUGUGUUUUUGGGAGAGGAAGAAGGUACCAUUUAUCAUCAUCAACAAUCUCAACUACACGCCGUCACAAUGACAGAGACUCAGGUUCUCAAGUUUCGGCUUCCCAAGCCAGAAACAGAUGUGGGUAUGGCUUUUCUUGGUCAUCAAGAUUCCAAGGCACCCAUCAUCAACGACACUAAAGUUGGUGUCUUUGGAAAAGAUUCUGGGGUUCCAAACAGAAAGAGGCUGAUAAUCAAGUUUCGUAUUCCAAAUCCUAAGGCAAAAACAGAAACAACCACGGUGCCUCUGAAGAACAAUCAUCAAGAUUUCAAGCCCAUCAACAAAAACUCCGGUUAUCGUGAGAGGGUUAGGAAACUGCUGACAGAGGUCUUUUCCAGAGUUUCUUCUGAAACUGAUGAGAGCAUAUCACUAGCAAUAGACCCAGUUCAAGUGGCUGCUUCAGUAGAGUCUGUGAUGUUUGAAAGGAUUGGGUGGUCUAAUACCAUCAAGAAAGCUUAUUAUCAAUCAAUCAUGUUCAAUCUCAAAGACCCAAAGAACCCAGAUUUGAGGAGGAAGGUGCUUCUUGGAGAGAUCAAGCCUGAGAGUCUUGUAACCAUGAGUGCCAAGGAGAUGGCCAGUCCCAAGAGGCAGAGUGAGAACAUUCAGAUCAGUGGCGACGCCACAUGUGUGCAUGAUGCUGAUGAGGAAGAAAAGGCCACCACUGACAUGUUCCAGUGUAGCCGGUGUCGCGAGCGCAAGUGUACUUAUUACCAAAUGCAGACCCGGAGUGCCGAUGAACCAAUGACAACGUAUGUAACUUGUGUCAAAUGCAACAAACGUUGGAAGGUCUAACUUACUUAGGCCUCUGGAAUUAAUUGAU